AUGCCUUUGAGGACCGCCAACAGCACUCCUAUGUCUUCGCCAGGACUUUUCAGCCCCUCGCCCUCUAGGCAGAAUCUCGUCACCUCCGUAUCCGAGAACAAUACACCUCCCAAUUACACCCAAAGUCCUCUCCUGCACCCUUUGCAGAUGCACAAAGUUAGAGAGACACACAAAGCCCUUAUUGACUCAGAUACCGCCACAGGCCGCAAGCUCAUUAACCAAUAUGAAGUGAUCGAAGAAAUUGGCCGUGGAAUGCAUGGUAAAGUCAAGCUGGCUCGCAACCUCGAAACAGGCGAAAAUGUGGCCAUCAAGAUCAUCCCACGUUUCUCUAAGAAGCGACGCCUUGGAAAGGUUACGGCAAAGUCUCCCCAAGACAAGACGAAGAAGGAAAUCGCCAUCUUGAAGAAGAUCCGUCAUCCGAAUGUCGUCGCCCUCCUCGAAGUCAUUGACGACCCGGAGCUCAAGAAGAUUUACAUGGUUCUUGAGCAUGUGGAACUCGGUGAAGUUGUGUGGCGUAAGAAGGGUCUCCCUCACAUUUGUCUAUUCGAGCGACGACGCAUAGAACGCGAAAUGCGAGGCGAGCUCCCAACUCCCGAGGAGGACCGUUACGAACAACUCCUUGAACAUCGCCAGGCUAUCAAGCAAAUGAAACGAGCCAAGAUGGCACAGAAUUACCCCGGUCAGAUGAACUGGAGUUUUGAGAAUGGAGGAGCCGACGAGCCUAGUAGCAGUCUAGGAAGCCAGUCCCGCAUAUCCUCCAUGCAAGACUUUGCCGUCAGCGAUGGAUCACCUUCGAGACCUACUUCACGACAAACCUUCCGCGAUGAACAAAGGGCACAUUCACGAUCACGAUCUGUGGUUUCGUCGACUCGGGCCGUUGAAGACCCUGACGAGUUCAUCAAUUGGGAAGACGACAUGGAAACCCCCAGCGCUCUCCGAUCAAACCCCACCUCGAGUACCGCGUUGGAUGGCACCAUGUACGGCCCGUACGUCGACGAAGGCUUCCGAGGACGCUCUCCCAGCAUGGCUGAUUCGAUCAUCUCGCACAUGUCCUCUCUUGAUUUCAACCCUCAACAACACGACCCCUUCUCAGAUGACUUCUCCUACGUUCCAUGCUUCACCUUUGACCAAGCUCGAUCAACCUUCAGAGAUACUGUUCUCGGCCUCGAGUACUUGCAUUAUCAAGGUGUCGUCCACCGAGAUAUCAAGCCAGCCAAUCUGUUGUGGAGUAAAGAUCAUCGCGUCAAGAUUUCUGACUUUGGCGUCUCCUACUUUGGCCGACCUAUUCGCGAUGGCGAGUUUGAUGACACAGUAUCCGAAUCUGAGGCCAAGGAUUUCGACGAUGAUCUUGAACUUGCUAAGACAGUUGGUACACCUGCGUUCUUUGCUCCCGAGUUAUGCUACACCGACUUGGACACAGAACAACCCAAGGUCUCGGAACAAAUCGAUGUUUGGUCUCUCGGUGUGACGCUUUACUGCUUGAUCUACGCUCGAAUCCCCUUCCUCGCCGAAGAUGAGUUUCAGAUGUUCCGAAAGAUCGCAACUGAGGAAGUCUACAUCCCCAAGCGCCGCUUGAUGCCCGUUCACCCCUCAACCUCCCCUGCCGCUACCUCCCUCUACAAGCGUCAGAACAUGCACCCGUACCGUGAUGACAACGACUUGGUCUACGAAGAAGUCGACAACCUCCUUAUUGACCUGCUGCGACAAAUGCUCACCAAGAACCCUGAAAAGCGAAUUCGAUUGCGAGACAUCAAGCGUCACCCAUGGGUCGUCCAGGAUAUUAUGAAUCCUAUCGGAUGGCUCGACGAUACUGACCCUGCUCGCCCUUCUUCCGGUCGCAAGAUCCAAGUCGACGAAAGGGAAAUGUCAUCCGCCGUCGUGCCUCUUACUUUUCUCGAGCGUGCCCGCUCGGUGGUCAAGAAGGCUGUUGGCAAGGUAAUGCACCCCCUCGUGGAACGAAGUGAUAGCAAAACGCGACAUCGAGCCAACAGUAGUGCUGCUAGCUCCACCGGCGACAACGUAAGCAUGUACAAUAACGGACCUCCGACUCCUCAUGGGCAGUACCGCGAGAACCGACGCAAGAGUCUCCGCCCUGACGACUACUUCGCGAGUGCCAUGCGAGAUGCCGCCGCGGCGCCCGAACAUCCUCUCUCAGUCAGCCAAUCGGUCAGCCCACAGCCCGAAUCAGUCAUCUACGACCCGUUGGCCACUGUUCUUCCCGAAGCCGGCGUUUACCGGGGCCAUCAUCAUGCUCAUAGCGAGAGCGAGUCGAUACGCGAACCCGAGAAGUCAUCAUCGGCAGCCUCUCUAUGGCCCUUCCACCGUCACGCUCAUAGCCAUGGACAUACCAAAACCACUCAACACUGGCUCCAUCUUGGUUCCCCCAUGCCCGUCUCUCAAACCACUCCUACUACCCCUUACUUCUCCAGCCCAGUCGACGGACCAGAUGACUCUGGUGCCGAGACGGUCCGAAAGACUCGCGACAUGGACUUGACGGAUUCCAUGGAUGAAAGCUCACGGUCCAAGUCAGUCGAUCGUGGCCUCUUCUCCAGUUCAGAUAAACGCGCUGAACCCAAGGUGGGCGUCAAUACCACCGUUGCGCCAGGCAGCGUUCAAGCACCACCUCGGCAUGGAAGACGACCUGUCAAGUCCGUUGACUUGGGCAAGGCUUCCCACCAUAGACGCUUGGAAGCUUCUAUACUCUCCUCAUCUCUCGCAGCCGCCGCUGGUCAACAGUAUAGUCAGGCGGUUCCAACCCACUCUGCUGAACCUUGCAACAAGACCAGACCUCGAUCUCUUCAUAGAAUGGAUAGUGCUCCGAUCACAAGAACGUCACCACCUCGCCACUCGGAAGAUCUCUGCAUGCGACGAGGUGAUCGGGUUGAGUACAUCAGUUACUCUUGCCCGCCCUCACCUAUCCAGGAGGAAUGGACCCGAGAUGAAACCCUUCCUCGCGCAGAUACCAUGCCCACUACCAAGUCGUCAAGUGUCGAUUCAAUGGAGGCGUUAGCCACCCCAUCGACUAGCCCAAGUGUCACCAGCCCUGUCUCAGCACUCCCUUCUACAGCCAGCACAUCAGAGCGGAUGCUGGCAUUCCAGUCUGAUCCCUCUCUGCCAGCCUUGCUCAGUGGUGCCAGCUCCGUCUCAGCUGAUAUGGAAGCUGAGCUGUUGUGCAAACCAGGCAUUGUCAGCGCUCACCCACAACUGCUCGAAACCACCGACAGUCUGACGCCACCAGCUUUUGACAAGGAACCCAAUGGCUUCCCUAUCGACCACGUGUACGGCAAUCCUCCUGCUAUGGACAGUGGUUCUCUUGCUGUCCAUCUCGAAGGUGGUGCUCGGGACUCGGUGACUAGCACUCCCGUUGCCCGGCCCGUCGACGAUGAUUUCGACGACGAUGGCAGCGAUGACGGGAUCUUGCUCAUGGCCAAGUCAAAGAAGAAGCCAGCGCAGACUACGUCACGACCUCCAGUCUUCAACCCUCGAAGACGUGACACCAACAUUAGCAUUGCGAGCACCGAAACAGCCAAGAAGGUGCCGACCUCUGCAUAUGGUGACGAAGGGACGUCACCCUAUGAAACAUGA